CCGGCCACAUGGUAAUGCGCACACAGCACGUUAUGUCCUCAGAAGAGCCGUGACUGAAAAAACUGUCAUAGGUUUGCUUUCCUACGCUGGUGGUGGGAUCGUUAAACUGACUCACGGCAUGGCUUGCUUUAUUCUUGCACACGGACGUUGAGAAGGCUUGUGCUCUAAAUUAGAUCCAUUUCUUGUUUUCUCUCACGCCGCCAGGGUACGAGGGAAACGAGAGAAGAGACCCGUAAGAAGGAUAACGGCGCCGACCGUCACAGGGAUGUAUACCAAACACAGGCAGAAAAAUGGACAUAUCUUAUCGACAAAAAAUGCGCCGAUCCUAUUAUUUCUUAUGCUGCUGAAUGGCUUACUGGAUACCGGGGACGCAAAUCUUCAAAAAGGGAAGGGCCAAGGGCAGAAAGUGACCGCUCACUGGCUCACCCACAGCAUGGCACCAAAACUCCCGGGCGUACCUUUACAGGACGAGUUUCCAGAGAGUGGUGAGAUUCUGGUGUCAGCUGAGGGCCUGGAGCUGGUGCUUGAAGUCGAGCGCAAUCAGGAACUUCUGGGAAAAGAAUUCUCUAUGACUCACUAUGAAGAUGGCCGGCCUAUAACCCUCACUAACAACCACACUGACCAUUGUUUCUAUCAUGGGCGUGUUCGGGGCAAUCCCUCAUCCUGGACUGCAUUGAGCACAUGCUCUGGAGUGAGGGGCUUGAUCGUGCUGAACUCCAGCGACACGUUCUACCUGGAACCGGUUGGGGAGCGGGAGAUUCUCCAUCAUGCCUUCUAUCACACAGAUGACCUGCCAGUCAACGGCGGCACGUGCGGACAUGGCCACCAGGCUGGACACCAGAGCCUGUUCAGCGGACUCCUUAAACCUUUGCAUCAAAGGGUGAAGCGGAAUGUCUGGGGCACCACCAAGUACAUGGAGCUGUACAUAGUAGCUGACAACGCGCUGUACAAAAAACAAAACAAGGACUUUGAUAAAACUAAACGAAGGAUCAUGGAAAUUGCCAAUUACGUUGAUAAGUUCUACAGGGCCCUGAAUAUCCGGGUCCCUCUGAUUGGCUUAGAAGUAUGGACGGAGCAUGAUCAGUGCAUCAUUAACGAAGAGCCAAACGCCACUCUGUGGUCCUUCCUGCAGUGGAGGCAGAAGCUCAAGUCCCGCAAGAAACACGACAAUGCCCAGCUCCUCACAGGGAUGAUCUUCAGGGGCACCACCAUUGGCAUGGCGCCCCUUGAAGGCAUGUGCAGUCUGGAAAACUCUGGUGGCAUCAACGUGGACCACUCGGAUUUGCCCAUCGGGGCAGCUGCCACCAUGGCCCAUGAGAUUGGCCAUAACUUCGGUAUGAGCCACGACCACGAAGGCUGCUGUGUGGAGGCCAGCGCCGAGCAGGGCGGCUGCGUGAUGGCUGCCGCCACGGGGCACCCCUUCCCCAAGGUGUUCAGCCAAUGCAGCAAAAAGGACCUGUACAACUACUUCCAGAAAGGAGGGGGGAUGUGCCUCUUCAACAUGCCCAACAUGAAGGACCUGGUCGGGGGGAAGAGGUGUGGCAACGGCUUCGUGGAGGAGGGCGAGGAGUGCGACUGCGGAGAACCAGAGGAAUGCACGAAUGACUGCUGCCAUCCCAGCAACUGCACUCUGAAGGAGGACGCGCAGUGUGCUCAUGGGGUCUGCUGUGAAGGCUGCAAGCUGAAGCAGGCGGGCACCCUGUGCCGCGGCGCCGCCGGUGUGUGCGACCUUCCCGAGUACUGCACGGGAGGCUCGCCCUACUGCCCUGCCAACGUCUACCUCCUGGACAGCACCUCCUGCCAGUACAACCACGCCUACUGCUACAACGGCAUGUGCCUGACCCAUGAGCAGCAGUGUCUGCAGCUGUGGGGAUACGGUGCGCGGCCAGCACACGAUGCCUGCUUCCAGGAUGUUAACGCGGCAGGAAAUGCCUUCGGAAACUGCGGCAAGGACGCGCACGGCCACUAUGUGAAGUGUGAGAAGAGCGAUGCCAAGUGCGGCAAGAUCCAGUGCCACAGCGCUGCCAAAAAGCCCAAGGGCACCAACGCCGUGUCCAUCGACACCACCAUCCGCACGGAUGGCAUGGAGGUGAAGUGCCGCGGCACGUACGUGUACAGCACACAGGACGGCCAGGGUGACCUCCCUGACCCCGGCCUCGUCAUGACGGGCACCAAGUGUGGCGAGGGCAAGGUGUGCAAGUACCGCCGGUGCCAAAACGCCUCUUUCUCUGAGCUGGAGGCUUGUAUAGCUCGCUGCAAUAAGCAUGGGGUGUGCAACAGCAACAGGAACUGCCACUGUAACCGAGGCUGGGCGCCGCCCUUCUGUGACAAACCGGGGCUCGGAGGAAGCGUGGACAGCGGCCCGGUGGAGUAUGACAGCCAGGUGGGGCUGGUUACUGGUCUGCUCUUUGCUUUUCUGGUCGUGAUCCCUGCUGUUCUCAUUGCUUUUUACUGCAUCAAGAUCAAGACCUCCUAUUACCACAAGUGGCUGUCACAGAGGGAGAAGACCAAAGCCAGCAGUAGACGUGCGAGCUCCAUAGAAAAGGGGAAGAAUGGACAAUUAAAUCCAGCCUUCCAUCUGAAGGUUGUUGGCCCUCCCAACAAAACUACAAAUCUUAAGCUACCUCACACCAGCAAGGAGGUGCUUCCCCUCCGACCAGGUCCCGCCUCCAAUGGCACCCAGCCGGUCAACAUCGUCCGGCCCCUCCGGCCUGCCCCUUCUCCCCAUCUCCGUGAUGUCAAAGUGCCUCGGCCUCCCCCACCCAUCAGCAGACCUCUGGAGGCGGCGAAGUCCAGCCCCUCUGCUCCCAAACUGAGCCCGCCCAGGAAGCCACUGCCCCUCAACCCCACGCGCAGCCCGCCGGUGGUGUCACAGCUGCAGCCCAAGCCUUCCCCCACCCCGCCCCAGAGGCCCCUUCCUGUGAGCCCCGCUCGGGGAACGCCAACCAGGCCGUCAGGUGGGGGUCUGCUGGUGAUGAUGCCCCCUACUAUGGGCCCCAAGCCUGUGGGCAAGGUGACCACCAUCCCCCCUCUCAAAGUACUCAGACCUGUUCCUGGACCCAAACCGAGCGCAGUCUCACAGUCUCCUUUUCGAAAAUGACCUUUGUGGGGAUCGACUGUAGAAAGCAGCAGCAAGCCUAUUUGCACUAUAACAAGGCCUUUGGUUUGGAGAGCAAGACUGGUACUAGAUUGCAAAGGAGGGAGUGCAAGAGUCCGGUGCUAAGGCCAGAAUUUUCUAGGCCUUGUUUUUCAGCCAGAGUACAAUCCAGCCCAAACGCAGUUUUGCAUGGACGACAAUGCAGACUUAGACAAGAUAUUUCAGGAGGGCCAUCACAUCGCCAAAACCGUGAUUUUAUGUUGUUGUUUUUUUUCUUUCCUGUUUUUAAACUUACAAUUUCCUGUAUGAUGUUGACUUACUGUUGCGUUAUGACAUUGUUUACAUGUUUUUUUAUCAUGAAUUUUAUGUCAUGUGCCAAAGAUGUUUUGAUUGUUGAUUUAACGUGUUGUUUGCUGUUUGUGCAUUUGUUAUAUAAAAUGCCCCAUUACAAGUUUUUACUAAAACA